CAUCCUCAGGUAUGCCUCUUAACCCUUAACUGUGCUCCAGCGACCGUCAGCAGCAACAACUACUACAACCGGAGCCGGCCGCCUCACUCUCCCUGUCUCACUCUCGGGUGGAUGGAACAAAACACAUUUCAGCCACAGGAAAACUAGUGCUGUAAUACAAGUGACAACUUAACCGAUUCGGAAGAAGUGAUUUAAAACAAAGCUGGGCCAUGGCGACAAUAGGAGAUUUCGACCCACUCAACUCCACCGUACCUGCGACAAAGAUUGAAAUCACCGUGUCCUGCAGAAAUCUGUUAGACAUGGACACCUUCUCUAAGUCUGAUCCAGUGGUGGUGUUGUACGUGCAAGGCCUAGGCACCAAGGAGUGGAGAGAGUUUGGUCGGACAGAAGUGAUCGACAACACGUUGAACCCCGACUUUGUGAGGAAGUUUGUUCUUGAUUUCUUCUUUGAAGAGAAGCAGAACCUUCGCUUUGAUGUGUACAAUGUGGAUACCAGGAGCUCCAACCUCUCAAAACAUAAGGACUUCCUAGGCCAGAUGUUCUGUACAUUGGGAGAGAUCAUCGGCUCGACUGGCAGCAGGCUGGAAAGGACUCUCUCUGGGAUUCCUGGGAAGAAGUGUGGAACUAUCAUCUUCACAGCCGAGGAGCUCAGUAACUGCCGGGACAUAGCCACCAUGCAGCUCUGUGCCAACAAGCUGGAUAAAAAGGAUUUCUUUGGCAAGUCUGACCCUUUCCUUGUCUUCUACCGGAGCAACGAGGAUGGGACGUUCACCAUCUGCCACAAGACUGAGGUGAUCAAGAACAAUCUGAACCCCGUUUGGCAGCCAUUUACCAUCCCUGUUAGAGCACUCUGUAAUGGAGACUAUGACAGGACGGUCAAGGUGGAUGUAUACGACUGGGACAGAGAUGGGAGUCAUGACUUUAUCGGAGAGUUCACCACCAGCUACAGAGAACUUUCCAGAGGCCAAAGUCAGUUCAAUGUCUAUGAGGUUUUGAAUCCUAAAAAGAAAGGCAAGAAGAAGAAAUACGUCAAUUCAGGGACAGUGACCCUGCUGUCUUUUAAAGUGGAGUCAGAAUGCACAUUUGUCGACUUCAUCAGAGGAGGGACACAACUCAAUUUCACUGUGGCCAUAGACUUCACAGCAUCUAACGGUAACCCAUCCCAGCCCACGUCACUGCACUACAUGAGUCCGUACCAGAUGAAUGCAUACGCCAUGGCUCUAAAGGCUGUGGGGGAGAUUAUCCAGGACUAUGACAGUGACAAACUCUUCCCAGCUUACGGCUUUGGGGCUAAACUUCCCCCAGAUGGCAAGAUCUCCCACGCCUUCCCACUGAACUCAAAUACAGAAAAUCCAAACUGUGUGGGCAUCGAGGGUGUACUAGAAGCUUACUUCCAGAGCCUGCGAACUGUUCAGCUGUACGGCCCAACCAACUUCGCUCCUGUCAUCAACCAGGUGGCUCGGUGUGCUGCAGAAGUGACUGAUGGCUCCCAGUACUUUGUACUGCUGAUGAUCACAGACGGCGUCAUCUCAGACAUGGCUCAGACCAAAGAGGCUGUGGUCAACGCAGCCUCCCUGCCCAUGUCUAUCAUCAUAGUGGGAGUGGGCCCUGCUGAGUUUGAUGCUAUGGAAGAGCUGGAUGGAGAUGAGGUCAGAGUGUCCUCCAGGGGACGCUUUGCUGAGAGAGACAUCGUCCAGUUUGUUCCUUUCCGGGACUACAUCGACCGUUCAGGGAACCAGGUCCUGAGCAUGGCCCGACUGGCUAAAGACGUCCUGGCGGAGAUCCCUGACCAGCUGCUAUCCUUCAUGAAGAGCCGUGGCAUUGAACCCCGGCCCCCUCUGCCUGCCACUUCUGACUCCCCCUCAAUGUCCACCACCACCACCAGUCUGGCCCCCAAGGAACGCAACAUGCACGCCUGAGAUGAGAGCAGCGAGCAGAGCAGUAUAGUAGUCAGAGCUUUGAGCAAAAGGAGAUGUGCGUUUGUGUGUGUGUGUGUGUGUGUGUGUGUGUGUGUGUGUGUGUGUGUGUGUGUGUGAUUCCUGCAUGGUUUCAGGGUUGGUUUACAGGAACCGAGUCAGGAUUUUCACAGUAAAUUGAUGGGGACACCCACCAGAAGAGAAUACAUUAAUUUACAAGCGUUGGUGGGGAGGAUUCCUCCAACAAGAUCUGGACUGGAAAUGUAAAAAAAAAAGCACUUUUGAUCCUUUUAACAUUUCUGGUUCAGGCUUUUGUAAACACCUAUCAUGAUGCACCCUCUGCAGGUGUAACACAACUCUGCAAUUACCCACAGACUGCAUUUAAAUCAAAGGGACAAAUGUAGUUUAGCACUUUUUCCUCACUUUUCAAUUCCAACAUUGUAGAUGAGUGACUGAAGCCGCUAUGGACUUCUUUGCCAACACAACUUCUCCUGCUUAGGUUGAGUCUACAGAUCCGUCCUUUCAGUUUCUGUGACACUGUUCCUCCUCACAGCGAUAAGAGUGUCUGCUGUAAUAGAGUAAUAAAUCCUGAAGUAGCCAGGCAAUUGAUUUCCAUCAGUUGUGAAGACGACAGCGCUGAGGCUGAUGUCCUUUCCUUGUUUAUUCUCAGGGCAUUUCAAAGGCUUGACAGUAACACAGGCGAUCUAAAAAACAAAGAAGCAGAAAUUAAAUCCUGUCCUGGUUGUGGCCUCUGAGAGCCAGUGAACACCAGUUCUUUUUAUUACUUCAUGAAAAUGUAUGCUGUAUAUUACUGUAUGCUAAACAUGAAAUUCAAAUGUGUCAUUAUGUAAAGAGGUGGAGAAUGCUCUACAUUUCAAGGUCAACAUUCAGAGACUGAGCAUCGGCAAGUUGAAACUAAUCCCACUUGGAUGCGAAGGGAGGCACUUACAAGCACAUCCUGAAAGCAGGAAAUAUAUAUGGCCAUGAAAUUAGCUCGGGAUGGAGAACAGACUUUAAUAUCCUCCACUCCAACACCUCCACUUCCUCCAGCCACCAUACAAUUUAAUAAUAUCAUGAAGAACUGGCUAUUUCAGCCCCGGUUUCAAAUCUGUGUUCUCUGCUGUCCCCCUUCUUCCUCUAAAUUGUAACUCCCCCAGCUGGGGCUGUCAUUUGGGAUGAAUCAUUCAUGAGGUGGGUGCCUCUGGUUCUCAAGCCGUCUGGAGCAUGUACCUGUUUAAAAUGAACAGAGUUGGUCACUGUGCAUUUCACAGGCCAGAAUAUUUAAUAUGUAGCAGAGAAUGUGUGAAAGCGUCAGGUCACCUUUAUUUUUUUCAUGUUUUUUUUUUUGUUUGUUUUUUACUGGAAAGAGGACACCACCAAAAAGAGCAAAAAGUGUGAGGGAGGCAUGGUAUGUAGUGCUGUGUCACAGCCCAGUUGCCAGGAGAAAAUGUUGCCAUUGUACGUUUCUGCAAAUCACGAAUAUGAUACAUUUGCAUGUUUCAUAUGUAUCAUAUCAGUGUUUCUGAAGUGACGUAGUAGCCUACUUGAGCUGACUUUGUCAUCAGUAGGCGGAGGGGAUGCUAGAUGGCCUGAAAACUAGGAGAGACGGCUGCCAAGCUGCAGACCACUGUUCAAGACCAACAAACCACAAAACUGAUUUUUAGGCUUCAAAUGUGCGUUUUUUUUUAGGGACCCAUCACUGUUUUCCGAAUCAGUCAAUCAAUCAUUUGUCACGUGGAAUUAUGCAAGGUACAACUCCAGUAAAAUAUGAUCCCAUCAGCUCUUUUAACUUGUGCUCUGUAAUUUAGUCAUCUUUUUUACAUCUUCUUACAUUGUUGGCUGCUGCUUUAUAAUUGCCCAUGUUUCCAGAUGAUUCUGGUAAUUCAUGGUUUCUGGUUGUGGCAUGAUUUAACUGUCCACACAUCCCCACUUCGACAGGACAGCUGCGCUGCACUGCAGAAGCUUCUGAAUGGCAUAUAGCAGUGAUCCACUGCAGGAACCUGACAGCACCUCACAUUCCCACAAUAACACCAGUCUUUAUUCACUGUAAAACACACGCCUCCUCUCCUUCCCUCUCCAGAGUCCUCUGCUCUGUCAGAUCGGCAUAUAGAAAAAGAAUCACUUGAUUGAAUGGCACUGUCCAUGAUUUAGCUAAGUUUUUGUGAAUCAAAGAUAUUACAGUACCUGAUAUCCUGUUGGAAACUGAUGCAGCACUGAGGUUGUCCAGUUUAUUUUCCAAUGUCUGUGCAAUUGCUAGCAGGAUGCUGGUUCAGCUGGUGCCAUCUUCUCCAUCUUUCACUCGAUGUUAACUGAUGUUUACAUUUGAAAAACCUCGACCUGACUAGCUGGCAGAGUUAAUAGAAGGAGAGUUUACAGACUUGUGAGUUGUUGACUCACAGUAACACACCACCACUGUCCAUACAAUUUUUUUUAAUGCAUCUGCUACACCAUGACAUGGAAAUGUAAUGCAUCCAUGGUUUGCAGAAAUGUACAAUGCCACCAUUUUUUUCUGGCAGUUGGGUUGUGUGUCAAAAGUCACUCAGACCGACUACUUUUGGAAAUACUGGCACAGUUUUCCCUCAUCAGUGCUGCUGUUUGAUAUAUGGCUGUAUAUUUCCUGCAGCUGUCAGUCAGGGCUCAUCAGCUUCUGUAGACUAAACACAUUGAUUUGCAAUGAAUGCUGACUUUUUUCCAAACAUGCUCUUUUAUUUAUAAUUUCAUUUGUUAUGCCUUUGUUGUGUGCAUGAAUGAGUCAAGCAAAAGUGAGCGAGUGCUUCAGUAGAAACCCCACAUUAAUUUUACUGUGACAGGCUGUGCUCUCUUUUCCUCACACACACUCCCAAAAACUGUGCAGUUCGGUCACAACUUUUUGUUUCUUGUUGUAGGCUUAGCAAACAACUAUAGGAGUGUUUCAACCUAACAGCAUCACAAAAAUAGAAAGACGGUGAGGUCUGUAAAGCCAAGAAUAACGUCAGUGAAUGGAUUCAUCAGGAUUUGUCUGGAUUAUUAAGCAUGUGUUGUAUCAGAAAGGAAAUGGAUAUGUGGCCUUAUUUCUGUCAUAAUCCUACAAGUAUGUGCAGGGGAGGACUCUAUUUUUAUAUGACAAAAUGGGAAAUUCAUGUUACUUUGCAUGCUUAUUUGGCUGAUAUGCUGCCAAUGAUUGUACUUGUUCAGAAAAAAAUGUAUGUGUAUCUUUAUUCAUAUCUGAAAAUGACUUCAGACAACAUUCCUACAUGUGUAUACUUGUGUACUGUGCAGGAUCAUUCUUUCUGUUCCUACUGUUUUUGUGUACGGUAUACUUGAAGGAACUGCCAAUUUAAUAAUCCAAAACAUAUAGGAGAUACACGAAUAGUAUGCAUGCAUGUGUGUGUUGUGGUCAACAAGUACACCAACCCAGAGUCAUGAAUACUUUUCUAUGAAGCAUGUUGAGCUUUCUAUACAGUGUGUACAGUAUUAGUUAAUUACACUGACAGACAAUAUACUGAUCACUACUUCUCCCUAGUUUAGUGUGCUCCAUACAGGAUACAUGUAGGUAAAAUGUAAAAUACAUCUAAAGUGAUGUACAGAAUAUUUUGUGAAGUCUUCCUUCUUUCCAUUUUGUUCCCCUCUAAUAUGUCUUUGUUAUUUUUGUCUCCAUUUGUGUUGGUCAGAACUUAUUUAUAGGUUUGUCAGUGUUUUCUAGCUUCUGCUUAGAAACCAAAUAAAGAUAUUGUUCAAGGCUUAA